AUGGCGCGAGGGACUUUUUCAAGAGGUCUUUGGGUCAUCUCUCCGCGCCUCGACGCGCUUGAAUACCGCGAAAAGCUCAUGGGAAGCGUCGUCAAGUACCCAGACUUCCCGAUUGAGAGCCACGUUCCCUACCAUAGUCCUGUUCGUCCCAAGGAAUUGGUCCCCGACUUGGACCCCAGACCCAUACAGGUACGCAACAUGCACUUUUGGGACAAGAACGUUGUCGAUGCCAAGAUGAAAGCCACCAUCCAAAGCAUCGUGGCCACGUUUGUCGACGCAACCAAGGAGAACAGCACCGAGGCCAUGGCCACCAUCGCACGAGUGUGGCACAUGAGCUCCCCAGGGGAAAAGUUCAAAGCUCUGCUGCGCGACGAGUAUUACUUUGACGAAGUCUUCAAGCUGUUGCAGAGUAACCACGGCGUCGGAUAUUUCAUCACCGCCAUCGUCACGUUUGUCAACCUUGAGGAAAGACAGAUUUAUGGAUCGAGCACAGGGGCGGGAGGCUCACUCGAAGGUCCCUUUGACUCCAGGACGGGCUUCAACAGCAGGUGCGAAGCAGUGUUCGGCAUUGCGCACGAGAGGUUCCACUCGGAAUGCUACCAAGGGGAAACCAUUGUGUUCAUGGGAUACCGCAAGAUUGAGCUCGUCAAGGUGAAGGGCAUUCGUGCCAAGCUCCGCCGCCUGUUUCAGGGUGAAAAGCAUGGUCUGGCCAUCAUGGACAGAGAUGAUCACUGGCCGGAGAUGAAGGAGCUGCCUCAUCAGGGCACCGUGAACAAUUUUCUCGGCGGGCCCGACAGUGCCUCUGCGAGAAACUCGAUGGAGGAGGAAAGGGAUCCCGAGGCCAAGAAGAGCUUCUCCUCCGUCUUCUGGAUCCGUGCCGAAAGCUGGGAGACCGUCGCGGCGAGUUCUCUCGAGCUCGCCUACACGAUUGUGCAACAGCACGCUCAUAAAACGCCGCCAGGAGUCGCGGAAAUGCGUAAAGCGAAGAGCAUCGUGCAACUGGACACGUUGCGCGUCAGACGCAUCGCGCAAGCCGUCAAGCACUGGCUCCUCCGUCCAGACAAUGCGCGAUGGCUCCUCGUUUUCGAUGACGCUGGGCCGUCGUCGGAUGCUCCUGACCUGCGCGUUGAUGCCACGGAGGAGGAUGAGGCUCUGAGUCUGCCGGGUGUCGUCACUGAAAGAGUGGAUGGGCGGGAUCCAGUACAAGCGGUUUGCCCUUCGCCCCCCAGAGAAUCGCAGUGGCUGCCGCAACUAUUCGAACGAAGGGGGUUGAGCGGUUCCAAAUACGAGACCAUCGCUGAUGCCGAGUCACCGCUGACUCUGCUAGGAUCCACGCUUCACCAGUCUCCUGUCACAGAGAUUGUGCCGAGGCUCAGUUGCCUGCUGUCUGCUUCAAUCAUUCCAGUUGCGCCGAUCAAUGCCGCUUCACCCGCGAGGCAGCCUCCAGAGCGUUUCAGAGCCAUCCUCGGGGGAACUGAGAGGUCCGCAGCGAUCGGGCGCCGUGCCGCGUGUUCACGGGUUUCCAAGACCCGGCUGGCAACCAGAACCAGACAAGCUUGUCAAGAUUCUGGCCAUCUGGAUGACGGUUUGCGGUAUCUCGUCGACCGCAACUUUAUGCAAACACCACCGACACCGUCUGCUUUGCGCGCCGCCCCCGUACCCUUGUCCUCCGCCGUCUCAGAGCGUUCAAACACUGCCGGUUCAUUCGACUGCUUCGUCGUCGACCCGCGGGCGCGCAGCCAUGUCCGCGCACUCAUGACGGACUGCGAAACGACAUGCUUCGAUGACGGGUCCGGUGUUCUGGAAAAGGCCGCCCGGGAUGAUGCCGACACUGCGUGGCACGUCCUUGGGGCAAGUGUGUGCGUGGCACAAGGCGCCCUGGACCAGGCCGUCGGGUGCUUUGCGCUGUCGCUGCGGCAGAGGGCUUCGGGCGCGGACGUCAGGGGACGCGCCGAGGACUUGGCAAGCGCCCUCGGCCGCCGGGAGACGCUCGCCCUCGACGAGGCAGAAGCCUUGUACCAGCAGUCUGUGGACGUUGGAACACGCGCGACGAGAAGAUGA